CCGAAUACCACAGUACCGGUAUGUCGUCUCGUUUCGACGCCUGGCAGGGCACCGGAGGCGGCUAACCCCGCGUUUGACGUUUCUCAUCCUGUGGUCCAACGGCGCACCACAGCACCACAGCGUGGGGUGGGGUUGCGUGGCCGUCUGGAAUGGAAGGUUAGUGCGCGGGUGGAGCGGGCGUGGAGCCGCAAAGCCCCUGAGACCCAGGGAGAUCCAGGGAUGCUGGCGACAGGCUGGGCCCCCCGACUGUGUGUCUGCUCCUGCGAGCGUCUGCCAGCUGAGGCGAGGUGUGGCAUUGAUGAUCUCCCCGGUGGACGUGUCAACGUCUGUCUGUCCUGUCUCGAGGAGCCAACGAUAGUUUAUGCAAACACCCUGCCCUUAGGCCACCAAGGAACCAAGGAACCCCCGCGGCUGACAGCACAGCUCCGAAGCAAAGCUCUCAAGCUCUCAAGCUCUCGACCGCCCGACCUCCCGACCGCCCGAUCACGCUCGCCGCCCAUCUUACCCAUCGCCCUCACGACCGCUGUUGACUGGGACAAGACACACCACAGACGGUCACGAAGCAAGUCACGAGGAGCAAACAAGAACACUGGCCGCCCCGGGACACCCAAGGAGGCCAUUCCCGCAGUGCCCUCCCCUACUCAGGAGCAGCACAGAGGACGCACCCUGGACGGCGUCCUUCCGCCGCUGCCCCCCUCAGACUCCCUCACCAGGUCUGUCGGCGCCACGAUGGCCUCAAGCGCCAACGGGGAUGACGCCCUCAAAGCUUACCACCUGCCCCACCCCCUCCCCGCCUGGGUCAACCCGGCCUAUGCCAAGCACAUCGUCAAGGGCAACUUCAUGACCCUCAGUGCCCGGCCCAAGACCGUCGAGCAAGGCGAGUGGAUUGCCCACCAGUGUGUCGAGCAUUACCGCAACCUGUGGCACUUUGUACGAGUUAUAUACGAGAAGGAGGAGAACGGCUCCAACAUCUGCAAUGCCACCACCUGUCCCAAGAUGGCUGCCGGCCCGAACCACUCGUACACAUGGCUAAACAGCCGCUACGAGCCCGUCGAGCUGCCCGCCUUCGAGUACAUCACCCUCAUGCAGCGGUGGAUAUCGGGCAAGGUUGACAACACAAAUGUGUUCCCUACGGAUCCCGCCGGGGUUUCGUACGCCUUGAACCCGGCCCUCGGCUCAUCCCCGUCUCUUUCCACCAUCAGCGGCGACGGCGAGGACUGGGUGGGCCGUCGCAGUGGGUUCCCCAAGGAGUUCAUGUCUAUCUGCCAGACCAUCUUCCUGCAGAUGUUCCGCGUCUAUGCCCACCUAUACCACGCCCACUUCGUCGAGCCCUUCUACCACCUCAACUUGGAGAAGCAGCUCAACAGCUGCUUCAGCCACUUCCUACUGACCGCCACCAACCUCGACCUGCUGCGGCCCCACGAGCUCGAGCCCAUGCAGCCCCUCAUCGACCUCUGGGCCGCCAACGGCACUUUUCCCCCCGAGUCAAAGGCCUAUCAGAUGGCGAACCUGGCCGCGGGUCAGACCCUGCUGGCCAAGGCUGGUAUACAGCCAUGAUGUCCCUGUGAUGGCCCUUGGAUUAUUUGCGUGCUCGGGCACCUCCCGUCCUUGGGAGACAUGGGGAGAUUAUCUUGCAUGACCUGGGACGCCCCCCCCCCCACCCCCACCCUUUGGUGGAGGGGGCACUCUGAGCACUUGGUAAGGGGUUGUUGUGAGCAAAUAAGCAAAAUUGCAUGGCAUUGCGAGUCUUGUUAGACCUUGGUUCAUUACACUCUUGGGGUAUAGGCGUACAAUACACACUUCACAAUACUUACUAUCAGUCAUGUCAUAACAGCUUCAUAUUUGCCCUCGUCACGACCUAUCCCUAAUCAUUAGCGCAGGAGACUACACAGCGGUGACACGUGUAUGGUCUAGUCUAGGCCCAGGCGGACGACUUCGGUCAUUUAUCGACACCCGACGGCGUCCUGUAGAUGUGUCUCGUGAACACGGGAAAAAACCCGUGUUCCUUUACAAGCGAACGCAUGACUCUGGAACUAUUCGAUCCCGGCAGCUGCCCGGCUGUGCCUGCCCGUGGUCUUUACUUAGC